UAUCGAUAUCUGAAAUCUGAAAUCUGAAGACGACCACAACCAACCCAACAGCCUCCAACACUAUCAUCAGGAUCAGGACCAUGAUGCGUUAUUUAUUGUUACUAUCCUUGGCUACUCUAAUAACAUGCGGAGUCUCUGCUUUCCAGCCAGCCCUAUCAUUAUCACAUCAUCAUCAUCAUCAUAAUGAGAUCUCCAGCAGCCUAUUGCAAGCAUCGUCCAACUCAGUCCACGACACGCUCAAGGAGUUGGACAUCACACUCCCACCGGCUCCUCCUGCGGCGGCCAAUUACUUGCCCUGCCAACGAUCGGGAAAUUUAUUGUUUUUGAGUGGUCACAUGCCACUACUGGAAGAUGGCACCACAUUAAUCACGGGAGUCUGUCAAUCGGAUGACGAUAUUAAUGCCGGUUACAAGGCGGCGCGACAAGUUGGAUUGAAUCUAAUUGCCACUUUGAACAAAGAGCUGGACGGAGAUUUGGAUCGUGUCGCACAAAUUGUCAAACUAUUUGGCAUUGUCCAAUCCACACCCGACUUUAAAUCGCAACACAAAGUGUUGAAUGGAUGUUCCGAUUUGAUGGGACAGGUUUUUGGACCAGAACGAGGGGUGCAUUCCCGAUCCGCCAUUGGAACCAAUGCAUUGCCGUUGAAUCUCAUGGUGGAAAUUGAAGCCAUUGUGGAAAUUACAGCAGAAGAAAAAGAAGAAUAA